GCUUUUCGAGGACGUCAUACUGCGCAUGUGCCACAAUGGCUUAUCGACGUGCAGGGACUUUAUUUGUUUUAAUUUAUAUUUUCGAAUGGGAUCCAUCGUCUCGAUGGAUAUUAUCUACAAGUACGCAGAAAACGACGAGUCAAUAACAAUUAUGGUGCCUCGCGAGCGUCAGUGUCAGCAUCGCUGGAGCUCUUUGCUCCACUAAUUGAAAUGAGACAGUGUGUCGAUCAGCUCAAGGUGACAAAUGUGAAGUGUGACAAGUGACGGAGCAUCAUCAUGGGGAACACGCCAUCAAAGAGCGACGGCGGAGAGGAGCCACCAAAAACAACUUUAUUUGAGAGGGAGCCAAGUGGCAUCACGUACAGAAUCCCCGCUCUCAUCUACCUGAGGCACAGUCGCACCUUUCUUGCUUUUGCAGAAAAGAGGACCUCUUCUCGUGACUGUGAUGCCAAACUUCUGGUUAUGAGAAGAGGGGUGCACAGUGAUGACGGAUCCGUUCAGUGGCUGUCGAGCGAGGAGUUGUCAACAGCAUGCCUGCCGGACCACCGCACCAUGAACCCCUGCCCCGUUUUUGAAAAAAACACCAGCACUCUGUUUUUAUUCUUCGUCUGCAUCCUUGGCAACACCUCUGAGCACAGGCAGAUCAUCACAGGUAAAAACAAGACACGUCUUUGUUACGUCAGCAGCGGCGACGACGGCCAUACGUGGAGCGAGGCGAACGACGUAACGGAAAGCGUAAUUGGACAAACUAUUCGUAAGUGGGCUACAUUUGCCGUGGGUCCGGGUCACGGGGUCCAGCUGGAGAACGGGAGGUUGAUUAUCCCGGCCUAUGCCUAUUACAUCCCAUACAAGUGCUUCUCCUUUCCUGUCCCUCACACGGUUUACCCUCGUGCGCUGACGGUGUACAGCGCGGACUUGGGCAAGACGUGGCACAUAGGCAAGAUGCUCCUCAAGCAGUCGUGUGAGUGCGAGAUGGCGGAGAUCAUUGAUCACGAGGGCCGAAGUCACUUGUACUGCAACGCCCGCAAAUUCCGCGGCCACAGAUGCGAGGCGCUGAGCGAAAACAGCGGCGUCUGCUUCGACAAACCCCGCACGGCCCGAGAGCUGGUAGAACAACCCAAUGGCUGCCAGGGGAGCGUCAUCGGCUUCCCCGCGCCAGAGUUCAUCCCCAGCGAGGACGCCGAGAACAAGACGUGCGACACGUCCCCUCUGUCUCCCGACACUCAAACCUGGCUCCUCUUCAUGCACCCGACCAACAAGCACAGCCGGCGAGACAUGGGCGUGUACUUGAACCGCUCACCCCUUCACUCGCGAGGGUGGGACCGGCCCCAGAUCAUCCACAGCGGGCCCAGCGGCUACUCAGACCUGUCCUACAACCGGGAUAACGAUCAAUUCUCAUGCCUGCUGGAAUGCGGCAAAGAAAGCGAACUCGAGCAGAUUGCGUUCAUGUCGUUCACGCUCAAAGAGGUCAUGCAGACAAACAGGAAAACGUGCUAAAUGAGCCCUGUCGCUUCCGCAAGCUUAACAUCCAAGCAUGAACAAUGCUAUGCUAACAUUGCUCUGUGUUUACUUGUGUCCCUCUUUGUGGAAGUGCGCAUGCAUGCAGAAGUCAUGUGGUCUGAUGUUUACUUACUUACAUGACAUUGUACAUAAGUCCAAUGUGCUACUGUAUUUCCUCAAAUAGUGGCUGGGGUGCAAAUUUGUAAUCAGCGUGUAUUUAAGAGGAGGCCUUUAUUUCUACAGAAGCUUGUGUCAAGUUGGAGCUGUAUUCAGUGUUGUCUUGUCCAGGGAGAAUUCUUACUUGUUGUUUAAAGUGGGAAAAGAAUGUGUAACUUUCAUGCCUCAGCAUUUUAUUUUUUCGUGCUUUUAUUUUUAUUGUUAGUCCCUAUCAGUAAGGCAGUUGAGGUAGGUUUCGCUUUCUGAAGGCGUAAACCGAGAUGGUGAUUAUGAGUCAUUGCAACUUUUCUUGUGACUGCAUGUGACUUGAC